CCUAGUUUUUUGACUAAGAAGCUGGGCCUGUGAUUAAAUUUCCGUCUGGGCUGAAGCCCAAAAUUCUAUAAAACCUAAUUUCUAUCCCAUUUUCAUUUCACCAUACUGCUACUCUGCCGUCAUCCUCCUCGUGUCACACACACACACACAGAGCAGCUGGCGCGAUGGGUCGUGUUAUCCGUGCACAGCGUAAGGGAGCUGGAUCCGUGUUCAAGUCCCACACCCACCACCGCAAGGGCCCGGCUCGUUUCCGGUCCCUCGACUUCGGCGAGCGCAACGGCUACCUGAAGGGCGUGGUCACCGAGAUCAUCCACGACCCUGGCCGCGGAGCGCCUCUCGCCCGCGUUGUUUUCCGCCACCCAUUCCGGUUCCAGCAUCAGAAGGAGCUUUUCGUGGCCGCCGAGGGCAUGUAUACCGGCCAGUUCGUCUACUGCGGCAAGAAGGCCAAUCUUGUGGUCGGCAAUGUCCUCCCACUCAGAUCUAUCCCUGAGGGUGCCGUUGUCUGCAACGUGGAGCAUCACGUGGGUGACCGAGGGGUUUUCGCUAGGGCUUCUGGGGAUUACGCUAUUGUUAUUUCCCACAACCCAGAUAAUGACACUACUAGGGUGAAGCUGCCAUCAGGAGCCAAGAAAAUCAUGCCGAGUGGUUGCCGUGCCAUGGUGGGGCAGGUUGCUGGUGGUGGGCGUACUGAGAAGCCGAUGCUGAAAGCUGGAAAUGCGUACCAUAAGUUCAGAGUGAAGAGGAACUCGUGGCCGAAGGUGCGUGGUGUGGCUAUGAACCCUGUUGAGCAUCCACAUGGCGGUGGUAACCACCAGCACAUUGGGCAUGCGAGCACUGUGCGGCGUGAUGCUCCUCCGGGGAAGAAAGUGGGUCUCAUUGCUGCCAGAAGGACUGGUCGUCUCCGUGGACAAGCUGCUGCCACUGCUGCCAAGGCAGACAAGUGAUGAUCAUCACAACCACUUGUUGUCUCUUAUGCUCAAUUCUCUUGCUUUCUGCCUUUCUAUGUUCAAUCUUCAAUCGGAUUUUUGAUUGUGCAAGCAUUUUUUUUAUUAUAGUUUUGUGUUUGAGAUAUACGGACAUUAUUUUCCCUUUGCUUCUCGGGUGUUUUUUAAUGCUAAGUUUGUAAAAAUGCAUUUAUUGUCUUACAACCAAAAACAUAUUAAGGAUAACUGUUGG